AUGAGGGGAGAAAUCACGCUCGACAGAGCACUUGCGCUCAUAUCGUCUGACAAAAUUAAGGAGCGCGCAGAUGGCUUGGCUGAUUUGAAACAUGUUCUUCAGCAGAAUAAACGGAGCUCUAAACUACAAUCGAUGAGCGACAAGGGUUGCCACCAUAUCUUUGAGUCUUUGUUCCGCCUCGUUUCUGCUGAGAAAUCGCUCUAUAACCGGGCGAGUUCCAAAGGAGCGGCCUCUGCUCGUUUAUCCGCGUGUGCCUCCGUCAUUCGCACGGCUGUUGAUGCUCUACUGUGUAACCUGAGGACGAAAUCAGUGCGCGCCGUUCUUGACCAUAUAACCGAUACUUUGGUCAAUAGGGAAUCUCCUCUCUUCGAGCUUUUGGGCGUUGAUUACACUAAGUGCUUGAGCACCAUCUUACAUUACCCCCCGCAUGUUGAGCAUCUGGGCAUUGAAGAAUGGGAAAAGGCCUUGAACUUCUGCUUGAGCAUCGUCGGUGUCUCAGAUGAUGAAGAAAGCCAACAAAGCAUAUGGAGCCGACAUUCGUCCACCCUGGAUGAUUACCUCGGAGCUAGUGGGGGUCGCUCGACACCGUCUAGGAUGACACCCUCUCUCGCAUUCAGAGAAAAACCCAAGGGACCUACUGGUGCAUUUGAGGAAGCCCUGCAAUGCAUAAAAAUGCUUUCUGGAGUUCCAAAUGCACCUAUUAAAGAUUAUGCCGAAACUAUGCUUCGUGGAUUGACCAGAUAUGUCGCAUCCUCCCCAGUCGGUGGAAGCGGUCACCAAGCAGCUUUUGCUAGUAUCAACACAGUGGUGAUGAGAGUAAUCUUUGACAGCUCAGAGCUCGUUCGAGAGACGUUAAUGGAACUAGUCCCAGUGAUCCGACAGCACUGGGCUACUAAGCUCGUGGGGCUGAAGGAUGAAUUACUCGCCACAAGUAUAUUUGUCGUGUCUAUUCUCACUGACGCAAUCCGCAAGUCGCCCUCAGCAUCCUUGAUGCUUGCCGUGGAGGGGCUUGCCAACACCCUACAGUCUGAGUACACUAGACGCGCCGAGAAAGAGAUCCUCCAGGUGGACGACUUAAUCUUUUCCUCUAAAACCUCACCAGAGUCCGGACGGUUCCAUCUGUGGCCACGGCUGGAGAGUACCCGAUCUGAGCAUAAUUGGACAGUAAUAUGGGCAAUGGCCCGGCUACUGGAGUUGUCAGAGGAACUUGCUGCGCGAUUAUCGCCUUCGCCUGCUGAAGGCGAGGCCCCCAAUAAAAAACAACGGCUUGCGUCGAAGAUAGAUGAUGUGUUUCGUGAUUCAACGGGGUCAUUUGGUAUUCGCAGAGUCUGCGCCCUGCAGUUAACUCCAUUUCUUUUCCAACAUUAUGCGCAAGUCGAGCCCAAGAUGUCCUUAUUGGAGCGACUCAUUCCACAUAUACUUGACGAUAACCCGACAAUAGCGUCCUGGACAAUGAUCGCACUUGCAAGCAUCGCUGCUAGUCCUAGGGCGAAUGUACCGUCUCUCACGAAAUACUGGCAGCAAGUGUGGGACCUCACGUCUCGUGCGUCUACCUCUCAAUUCACGUCAAGAGCAGCUUGCAAUUUGCAGAACAGUAUCCUCGAGUUCGGCCUGUUGGACUACUCUGAAGUCUCGGAGACAAUCAAUUCGAUGCUCACAUUCGUCAACCUGAACGGCCCUUCAGCGCUGUCCGAUUCUUCUCUAGAGCUUUGGGCGAGAGUAAUUAGAAUGACGGCCCAAAUAAACCCAGGCUCUGUCUCUAAAGCAUCUAGUCAAAUCUGUGCUUGGUUAAGAGAGGCAUGGAUCGUUGGGACAGCAACUGAUCGAAUACAAACGUCACAAGUUGCUACGUUCGCUCGUCCUCUGGAGUUGUUGAACGUGAUGUUGGCUUGUACUAAUAGGCCUUUUCACCUGCCUCGGACUUCUUUCACAGGGCCAACUGGUCUCAUUGCGAGAGUGUGGCAUUUUUAUCAUAGCAACAAGAAAGUAUUGGCCUAUCUUUUUGACCUUCAGAAUCUGCCGGACUUCUAUGACAUUUGGGAAUCGCAAAAUUCGGUUUCUAUCGAUGAAUCAACACACCUUGAUCCGAAUGACCUAGGAAUCCUCGACUUGUUGCAAGCGAAAUCGGAGCAUUUUCUCCAUUCCUGGCAAUCCUUGACUGAGGAUAAGUCACGCCAUGUUACACCAGAUAUUGUGCAGAUUUUGACUUCUUUUUGUAUAACCACGGCCAUCUAUAUAUCCUGCUUACCAGAGCAACCGGAAACUCGACUGCAGACCUUGCACUCGAAUAGCCAUAGUUUGUGGGAGAGUAUUUGCUCAUUUCUGGUCUCACGCGAGCCAAUGUUCAUGCUCGCCUGCGUGACACUGUUGCCCCCUUUUUUAUCACCUGAAUCAUGCCUCUCUGCUGCACCAUCCGCGAUUCAUGAGGCGAUAUAUGGUCUUGUUGUCCCAUUGAGCCGGGUCCUCGAGAGUCGCAGACAGCUCCAAAGAGAAACACUUUCUGCCGCCAAUGUGGAGAUUAUGGACCUUGACGAUCCGCUACUUGCGCCCAGUGACCAAGACGAAGAGUUGUCUACCAUCGCAUAUGCAAAUAGAAGUGGUUCACCCUUAUUUCAAGAUCUUCCCAGCUUCCAGCGGUAUAUGACCGUUCUUCUCUCGAUUUUUCGAAAAGCACAUGUUCAGCUGUAUGCCCCUCAAGAACAGGACGAUACGAAACUCUACGAUUACUUGGUCAGCCUUGACGAAGUUGAUAUACUGGCAGCGCGCAAUCUUCUUCCUCACGUGUACCAAUAUUGUGCUGGAAUGGACCAAGAUUCUUUACUCGGUAUACUUGAAGAUCUAGGCGAAAAAUGUCUUCAAACAUACGAGUUAGAGCGCUGUGAGGCUUCACACCUCAUUUGUAUCAACAUGAUGAGCAGCUUUAGCAAGUCAUGGGUCAACGGGGAUAGCGUUACCUUCAGCGACUCGGCCUCUGACAUUUACGCCUGGUUCACCGGUGUAUUCUUACGAAAAGGAAGAGCAUCUCCAUCAGUACUAGUCGCUUUUGCCGAACUUUUAGGAACUAUCUUGAGCGUAAACCCUUUUUAUUCGAGCGGACAGUCUAGCCCGUCUCCCAGGACAACGCUAUUCAAGAUCAUUAAAGACGGUGACGUAUUAGUCAAGUUCAACGCAGGUAGCUUGAUACCGCAGCUAUUUGAACAAUUCCUCCUCAAGGAUCAUGAUGCCAUAUUCGAGGAUGUUCUCGAAAACCUUCCUGCAGACCCUGAGUGGGAAGAAGGGAUUGCUGUUCGUCUAUUCCUGUUGGCUCAGCUUGCUUCUAGAUGGCACACAUUGCUCCGAAGAAGUAUCUAUUAUAUCUUUGAGACUUCUGCUCAGGUGCGCCAUUCUUUAUGGUAUGCCGAAAAAUGCCUACAAUCUGUUUCGGAAUCUCUCGGCCUCCAGGAUGCAAAGGAGAUCUUUCAGCUUUUUUCCUCUCAGAUUCUAUACACCUGGACUGAAGCCGAGUCGGUGAUGUCUAUGCCCUUUAGUAUAUUCGGGUAUGGUAGUCUCAUGGACAUGCUCAGCGACGCGCAGGAUGAGAUUGUUGGCCAAAUCAUGAUGCGUGCUAGCGAGAAGGAUGCUACCGAACUCGCAACCUUCAUGAACCGACCUUUCGUUGAGCUCCUGACAGCAUCCUUCUACAAAGCGGAGGCUUACACAAUAGCUCGCGAUAUAAGCACCCCUCCUGGGCAAGGAAGCCAGCCGAAAGGUGUGGAAUACCGACUAAAGAAAAUCCUCGGGACAGACAAGCUCAUUGAUCUAAUCGAGGCUCAGUUUCCUCAAAUAGUGGCCACCUUCUUCUCAGCGCUUGAUUUCUACGAACAAGUGGAAAAGGCCUUUACUAGGAGAGAAAGCUUCAAGAAGGCUUUGGAUACUUACAAACGCAUAACUGACAAGGGUCUUUCCAAGGUUGUCUUGCCGGCAAACCAACAGCCGUCAUUCAGAGCGCGAUAUCUUCUCGAUGAGCUCGAGUUUCUGUGCAAGCGAAGUGGAUACGAGCUUGAAGCUAUAUGGACCCCUGCCUUAGCAUCCUAUGUUUGCAGAACCCUUCUCGAAUCAAUCCAUCCCGCCCUCGGCUCUCUACAUGCCUGUUCGGUGAUACGAAAACUCAAGAUUCUGGUAUGUGUGGCUGGACCCGUCAUGCUGAGUGACUAUCCAUAUGAGAUGAUGAUUACUGCCCUUCAACCGUUUUUGGUGGAUAUCUUCUGCUCCGAAGAUGCACUGGCCAUAUUUUGGUACUUACUAGAAACCGGAAAGACGUAUCUGGUCGAGCACCCGGGUUUAAUGGCCGGCCUUGCCGUCUCAACGCUGCUCUCUUUGAGAAGGUUUCUCGCGGCCCCUCCAGUACACUUGCGACAGGAUAGCCAGUUACAAACUGUCGUGGAAAGCCUGCAGAGAUUCACCCAAUGGUUUGAAGAUUAUCUCGACACCUAUGAGUCACCCGUUCUGAACGAUGAAGCGGCCGAAUCUUUCCAGCGGCUAAUAGAACCUCUACCAGCCGUGGGUGAACAGGAAACUGAUACAGUCGGUGUCAGUGAGAGCGCCCUGCUGCUUGAAGUUCUCAAGGACCGCAAUUCUAAGGACAGCCUUCUUCGCAAACCGAUUUCUGACCGUGUGAUUUCCCUGCUUUGCGCUACGCCCGAGGGAGAGACCAAAUAUCAGCUUAAACCCAUCAAGCAAGAUGGGGACGCUGUCUCAAACGCUAUCACUGUGUGCCAGACCCUUCAGGAAUUCAAUCCUGGCCCGGAGUACCGAUCCUGGGCUGCUAGAGUCAUUGGACGGGCAUUUGCUACUACUGGUAAAAUAGACGACACCCUAUUGAGGGAACAGGAUCUCGUUCUUUUUCACACCUAUUCGCCUCAGUCGGGUAUUGACAUUUACUGUCAAUCCAAGGCAAAUAUCCUCCGUAUACUCUGCGACAUGCUGCAGAGUAGUAGCCAGACUGGCUCGCUGGAACGCACUCUGCAGUUGAUUGUCAGUAAUCUGGACAGCUUUCCAGACUUUCAGAGCUCCGUAGAGGAGGUCCCUCAUCCGCUCAUGAAAGCUCUCACUUGGACGCCAUACCAAUGCCCUGGAAUAUCGCUGACCGCUUCGGAGGUUAAGAAGCGGGAUGCCGUGCAAGGGUACGAUCUGGAACUGUCACCAUCAUACUGGGCGCGGAACGUCGGGUUCUUUCUUUCAAACGCUGCAGCAGAAGACCCAGUUGUUGGGCCAUUGGGUAGUAUCUUAUAUCUCAUCCCGGAUCUGGCUACUCAGCUAUUACCCUAUUUGCUGCAUGAUUCUCUACUGGCAGAUCUCCGAGGCGACAUCGACGUACGUGAGACCAUCUCUAAAAUCUUUAACAAAGCCUUGCAGAAUGUGGAGAACGACACUAUUCCCCACGCGCGCCUAGUUAUCAACUGUAUUCUCUACCUUCGCAACCAGCCAAGGCCAAAUGAGCCUACCAUAGUGGACCGAGAUGACUGGCUGGAUAUUGAUUACGCGGAAGCGUCUUCAGCAGCUAGUAUAUGCCGAAUGCCGAAGACGGCCCUGCUUUUCCUCGAAAUUCAUGCAGCUCGCACAACAUCGAACUCCCGCCGGUCUUCUGUCGUCAAAUAUGAAGCCCCACCAGGCCUGCUACAUAACAUCUUCAAGAACAUAGACGACCCAGAUUUCUUCUAUGGGAUCCAGCAGACUUCCUCACUUGAGUCUGUUAUGGAGACCCUUGAGCACGAGAGCUCUGGUUUCAAGAACCUCUUAUUCCAGAGCGCGCAGUAUGAUAGCCAGGUCCAGAUGACGGGUUCCGGCAACACCUAUGGUGUCUUGAAGGCAUUGAACUCGACCAAUCUCCAGGGAAUCGCCAACUCUAUGCUUGGCGCGCUCAAAAGCUCAAGUGAGAAUUCGGUUCCAUUUGGCAGCAUGCUGCAGGCUGCUACGAAUUUGCGCCAAUGGGACAUACCUAUCUCGCCAUUGAAUAAAUCACCGUCAGCGACGAUGUUUAGGGUCUUCCAGAGUCUCCAUACGUCUGCCUGGUUAGUAGACGUCUCUGCGUGUAUCAACGAAACCUUGACGAGUAGCUUGGCCUCCUUGAACAGCGACCGCCGCUCAGCGAUGUCUUUGAGAAGUGCGAUGAGGAAUCUCGGCAUCUUGACAGAGAUUGAGGACGUCUUACAAGCAAACUCAAUCGAAGAGGUCUCCCAGCAGUGGCAGAAUAUUGCAGCUAGGACCUCCUGGCUACAAACAACAGAUGUCCAUGAAGUUAGCGAGAUAUUGAACGCCCAUGAGACGCUUUUCUCAUCAAUCAAGCAGAAGGACUAUCUCAAGUCCUCGUUCAACCUAAGCGACUAUGACGCACAACUUCUCGAGGUGAAAGUUAUCCGGCAGUCUCUAGAUAUUGCUAGAAACCAUGGCAUUGCGCAGGCAUCAUUGAAGUCUGCUGUCUACCUGUCAAAACUGUCAGACCAAUGCGUCUCUCUAGGGCUUAAUGUUGAAGGCGUAGCCAAGUUCGAUCUAGCUAAUGUGUUAUGGGAUCAGGGUGAAAUGGCAGCUUCCAUCCAGAUCCUUCAGCAACUACGAGACCGCAAUGACCUACCUAAACAAGCGAUUCCCAUCAGUCGAGCGGAGCUGCUUGUAACCUUGGGCCAUCACAUAGCGGAGGCACGCUUGGAGAAGCCGGAAGCGAUUAUCCAAAAUUACCUGACACCGGCAGUCAAAGAGCUAAAGGGCCGCUCGGAAGCAGAAGAAGCAGGGCGGGUCUAUCACGGUUUCGCAAUGUUCUGCGACCAGCAAUUGCAGAAUCCGGAUGGACUGGAGGACUUUUCACGAGUUGAACAACUCCGUAACCGCAAGGAGAAAGAGGUGCUAGCUCUGGACGAGAUGCUCAAGUCCGCAGAAGGUAAAGAAAGAGACAACCUCAAGUUCCACCGAUCUAAGACGAAGCAAUGGUUCGACCUCGAUGACCGUGAGUACCAGCGUCUCAAGCGCAGCCGUGAAGCCUUCCUUCAGCAAUGUCUCGAGAACUACCUCAUUUGCUUGAAGGAAAGCGAAAAAUACAACAACGAUGUUCUUCGUUUCUGUGCGCUAUGGCUUGCUCAAUCACAUAGUGAAAUCGCCAACAAGGCAGUCUCGAAAUAUCUUUCGGAUGUCCCAAGCCGAAAGUUUGCUCCUCUGAUGAACCAGCUAACGUCUCGUCUGCUGGAUGUCGCAGAUAACUUCCAGGGUAUGCUCUCUGCAUUGAUCUACCGGAUAUGCUGUGAACACCCAUUCCACGGAAUGUACCAAAUCUUUGCAAGCAGCAAGUCAAGAGGAGGAAAAGACCAGUCUGCCCUCUCGCGUAAUCGAGCUGCUACGAAGUUGGCGGAGACGCUCAGAAGCGACAAGCAUAUUGGGCAAUUGUGGGUGGCAGUCCACAAUACAAACAUCAACUAUGUGCGAUUCGCCGUCGAGAGGCUAGACGACAAGAUGAAGCACGGGGCGAAGGUUGCGCUGAAGAAGUUGCCCACUGGUGCACGGCUCGAACAAGAUGCCGCGAACCAAAGGCUUCCGCCACCGACUAUGAAGAUUGAGAUCCGUGUCGACUGCGACUAUAGCGAUGUUCCAAAGCUAACCAAGUAUUAUCCUGAGUUUACCAUCGCGUCUGGUGUGAGCGCACCCAAAAUUGUCACAGCUCUGGCCAGUAACGGUGAACGGUAUAAGCAACUUUUCAAAGGAGGGAAUGACGACCUGCGGCAAGAUGCUAUCAUGGAACAAGUCUUUGAACAAGUUAGCAGCCUUCUCAAGGACCAUCGGGCUACCAGGCAGCGAAACCUCGGUAUCAGAGCCUACAAAGUGCUUCCCUUGACUUCGAAUGCCGGAAUCAUCGAGUUUGUGCCCCAUACGAUACCGCUUAAUGAAUACUUGAUGCCCGCGCAUCAACGAUACAACCCGAAGGACAUGAAACCAAACGCCUGCCGCAAAUACAUCGCUGAUGUCCAAACACGAUCUUUCGAGCAACGAGUGAGGGCAUACCGCCAGGUGACCGAGCAUUUCCGUCCAGUCUUGCGAUACUUUUUCAUGGAAAAGUUCAACAACCCAGACGACUGGUUCAGAAGGAGGCUAUCGUACACGCAAAGCACCGCCGCAAUCUCGAUGCUAGGACACGUCCUGGGACUUGGAGAUCGCCACGGUCACAAUAUUCUCCUCGACGAACGGACUGGCGAAGUAGUCCACAUUGACCUGGGUGUAGCUUUUGAGCAGGGUCGUGUCCUGCCCGUUCCCGAAGUCGUCCCUUUCCGCCUGACGCGCGAUCUAGUCGAUGGCAUGGGUAUCACUAAAACCGAGGGCGUCUUCCGACGCUGCUGCGAAUUCACUCUUGAAGCCCUUCGGCAGGAAUCGUAUAGCAUCAUGACGAUUCUCGAUGUGCUCCGGUAUGAUCCUUUGUACAGCUGGACGGUGUCACCGCUGCGAAUGAAGAAAAUGCAAGAGCAGGAUGCGGGCGAUGGGCCGCCUGUGCUGCCUGGAUCUACUGUGGAGAACAGAUCUACGAACGAGCCCAGUGAAGCUGAUCGGGCUUUGACUGUGGUUGCGAAGAAGUUGAGUAAGACGCUGAGUGUAACGGCCACUGUGAACGAGUUGAUUCAGCAAGCGACGGAUGAGAAGAACCUUGCUGUUUUGUAUUGCGGCUGGGCCGCAUACGCUUGA